AUGCCUCCUGAUCGUAGCUUGCAAUGCAGAGGCAGGCAACUAUGGCAGUAGGAGCGACGGGUCGUGCGAUGAGCGCGAUGAGCAUUCGAGGUCUUAGAUCCUUCAUGCUCAGCAGCUUGCAGUCAAGGACAUACUCCCUUGCUAGCUGGAGGUCGAACUUGAACCUCUCACCCGGGUUCGCUGCCCUCUCCCCCUCCUUUGCCGUUACGAAGAACCCCCUUCAUGCCCUGCCGUCUGCUCCUGCGCUCCCAUCCGCUGGUCGCUCGUUUUUCUCCUGGUUGGGAGGCCAGAAAGACGGAGCCAGCAAAGAUUUCUCGCAGGAGGAAGCGAAAAAAGCGAUCGAUGGGGGAGGCAUCCUUCUUGACGUGAGGAGGAUUGAUGAAUUCUAUACUGGCCAUGCCAAAAUCGCAGUGAACAUUCCCCACGAAGUGCUGGGAGCACGUAUCAACGAAGUACACAAGCUUACCCAGAACGACUUCCAGAAGGCAAUCGUAGUACACUGCAGGUCGGGGGCGAGGUCCGCAGUGGCCAAGCGAAUUCUUGAAGAAAAUGGCUACAAGAACGUUUUGAAUCUGGGAGGAAUCUCAGACGUGAUGGCCACGUUUGAGAUGGCAUAAGGGCAGCGAGAGAACAGGUUUCGGCUUUCCUGGUAUGCCAUAAACAGUUUCCGGUGGGGUAAAAUCUUUUCGUUUCAUG